AUGUACAACUUUCUUCGUCAAGGUUUCGAGGGUGUGCCCACCGUGACCGGUCCUCAUGGGGAGAUUAUUCUCAAUCUGUCCAAACGGGAAUUGGAUCGAAUCGAACCGGUCCCGUCCAAUGUGAACGUGUUGAUUCUAGAUCACAACUACAUUCGACGUUUGGAAAAUUUGGGCAACAUAUACGAUUUACAACAGACCAUGGAUCAGUUGGAGGGGAAUAUCAAUUUGAAACAUUUAGACUUGUCCGAGAACUGUAUAACUCAACUGAGUGAUAUAACCAAUUUGCGUAAAUUGACAACUUUACUGUUACAUGGGAAUCGAAUAAGCUCGUUGGAAAAAGCGUCCAACUAUUUACCAAAAUGUUUGGAGAUCUUCUCCUUGGCCAGUAACGUAUUAGCGGAUAUUAAUGAGGUAGGUGUACUUGUCAGUCCGCGUGAAUACGAGCCGCAUGUGUUGACAGCACUGCCAAGUUUGCGCAUCUUGGACGGGGCUCAAGUGGUUCGUAACAACGCCUUAAGAUUGGUUUUGAAUCACGGUGGUCUGACAGCCAGUCUGGAUUCUUGGGAUAGUCAAAUGCUACGGGAAGAACACCACAAACACAAAAAUAUUCCCCAACAGGCCGUUCCACAACCUCUUCCACCACCUCCCGGACCAUCACAUUUGGACGAGGCUGGUCCCGGCCGAUAUGUAGCCGGUGUGACUCCCAUUCCACCGACUGCAACAAUCACACCGCCCGGCCCUUUUCCCGUUGUACAUGAAUCUUCAUUGCGUGGCUCCUGUUUGACGGAAUCGAAUGUGUCACCAGGUCCGCCCAGACAACCGGACACACGUGAUCCUGUUGGACUCGUCAGACCAUCGAACCUGGCUCCUGUGCUCCUUCCACACCAGGAACAAUCGAAUUACGCUUUGUCGGAUUUAAAUCCACAGACCGCAUGCUUUCUCAAUGCGACACACUGGAUUCAAUUAGGUUCCAUCAGCAGUGCAAAUCGAGCGAUCCAACUGAGGACCGCACUUAAAAAAACGAAAUAUACCGAUAUCGAUCAUGUUGCUCCAGAGAACAACCCCGUUCAUUCCACUGCUGUCGAUUAUGCCUACUCUACAAAGCCUGGAUGCUCUUUCGAUGAUAUACCAGUCGCUUCUGUCUGGGCUCUGACUAAUAUGAAUGCCGCACUCACCACACGCGACACUCAACCCAGUUGUUUGGGAGAUGAGGCACCUGUAUUGUCUAAACCAAAUGGCUAUCCUGACCGAGGGCAGUUCGGACCACGGCACAUUUCGGACAAUGAUUUUUUCCUGUCCACUUCAACUCGGGCAAGCCAUGUUCAAGGUCAAGUAAACGGUCGAGAUCCGAGCACGGCAUCCAGUCAACUCAUGUCCGAGUCAGUCUAUUUACCGGUGGCUAAUACCUCACUGUCCCCGGAUCAACCACCACCGGGGAUAGAUUCGAUCAUGUCACGUAGCACUCCACUGUGUGCUCUUGGUCGGCCUCCCAGUGUCGCGGAUCCGGCUAGGUUAUCCCGAACCAGUGCGAUCACGGACAGUCUGGACUUGACAGGGGCAAGUCAGGAAUUGGAAUCAAGUCGAGCUGUGCUCCGGUUAAAUACCUCCUCCCGAAAUGGUACAGAAACGUUGCACUCUUCUUACAACAUGAUCCCAAUGAAUAAAAUAUUCACUCGACCCAGUCCAAGCGUGGUGCCACCUCCUGGAAGUCCAUCCGACUUGUCAACCGUAGUCGAUAUUGGACCGAAGAGUGUACCACUUCAUCAUAGUAUGAUCGACAGUGUGCACUUAUUAAAUGAUGAGGAGGAAGAAGAUGACAAUGAUGAUAUCAAUACGGUCGACAUUAAUAAUAAUCAUGAGCAUGUGAUCGAUUCGAAAGAGGAAAUAGGCACUAUGGGUCAGAAAAUGACUCGCAACGAUAGCCUUGAGGAACACGUGAAUGGAAACGACUUUGAACUGGAAACGGACACCAUUAAGCGUAAAUCGAACGAUCCAUCCGAGUCCGGACUUGCCCGGAGCCGGAUGGAAUCGGCUACGCCGCCCGAUGAAAGUGAUCACUUGACUGCACCGGUUAGUGUGCAUGAAAGUCCCUUGAGUGAGACCAGUUCAGAAAGGAUCUUUUCCACUCCAGUAGCUACUAUGAUUCCUGCGGGAUCAAGACCGUUACACGACACACUGAACACAUCCGGUCCAUCAGUACUAGGCAACGAGUUGCUGCGAGUCAAUGCUACUUCACAGACUGGUGUUGUGGAAUUGAAAUCGCCGGUUGAAAAUUUCAUCCUACUCACAACUGAAUCGGUUGAAACUUAUCUGCAAGCUUGCCUCGUCGUCUCUCUCUGUGUGUUGGGAUUGAUUGCUUCUGAACGGUAUGUCAAUCAGUCUUGGAACAAUAUGGCGAGUUUGGUAUACGAAAUGUAA